CAGUAGAUAGAAGCUUGACAGACUGACACAAACCCACCUAUAGAAAGAGAGAGAGAGAGAGACACAGAGAGACGUCAACAAUCAGCACUGCACAGGAGAAAAGAAGAAAUGUUGGCAGGAGAAUUAAGACACAGGGGAUACCUGAAAAAUAGUGAACAUGGAUUUGGUGAGAAUAAAUAAGACCAGCCCCGAACAUUAUGGAGACCAGAAAACCUCCCGAACUGGAUCCAUUCACCAAACUCAUCACCUCACCCUCCAACGGUUCUCCAGCACCAGAAGCCAUGCAAACAGAUCAGAAUAAUUUAUGAACGCCAAUGUUGCAUUCAACAAAAGCUGUGAUUGUACUGAGGCGAAGAUGAUCAUCUCCUUCAAACCUGCCCAGUCCGUCCUCCACGUCCAGCAUAAAAAUCGUCUUAGAUUCUGGUUCUUCAGGAAAUUUCAUCUUUUCACGCCUACUACUUAUCUUCAAUAUUCCACAUCAAAAAAAUCCCACAUGCUAUCAGAUCACUACAAAUUCAAGGAAAACCGCUGGACAAUGGACUGGUGCAGUGGAGAACUCCAGCAUUAACACUUCAAACCAUCCAAAUAUGUUAAGAAACUCUCAUGUUGCUGAUGCUGGAGGAAUCCGCUGUCAACAUUGUCCUGGGACGCCCUUGGAUGGCUGAAAACCAUCCUAAUAUUAAUUGGAACUCAGGAGGAAUUGACCAGUGGAGUAACUACUGCAUUCAACACUGCCUCCAAUCACUUUACUUCCUUUACCAAGAACUGCCAUCCUGGGAUCGACUACCAUUGAAAGCCCGGAAACCACUGCCAAAGUCAACCUCCCAGAGGAGAACUGGGUGUUCCAGGACAUCUUUAGCAAAGUCGCUGCCACAAAACACCGGCCAUGGGACUGUGUGAUAGAUAUCCUGCCUGGAACCAAACUACCGAAAGGUAAAAUCUACUCCCUUUCGAUCCCGGAGCACAAGGCCAUGGAUGAGUACAUCAAGAAACCUCUCCGGCGGCUUUUAGAUUCUUCUUCGCGGCCAAGAAGGAUGGCGGCCUUCAACCAUGUAUUGAUGUAUUGAUUAUCGCAGUCUCAACUCCCAGACGGUAAAGUUUGCUUACCCCCUUCCUUUGGUACCAGCAGCCCUCGAGGAACUGCAUGGCAACCGAGAACUGCUCGCCAUUAAGUUGGCCCACGAAGAGUGGCGGCACUGGCUUGAGGGAGCAAAUCACUCAUUUGAAGUCAUAACUGACCAUAAGAACUUACAGUUCCUCAGAGAAGCGAAACACCUAAACCCCAGACAGGCUCGAUAGCCGUUAUUCACUCGAUUCAACUUCAUAGUCACCUACCGUCCUGGUCAUAAGAUUACUAAAGCAGAUGCUCUAUCCAGAAUCCACUCACCCGACCCUGUAUCUGAGGAAUCGGAACCGGUACUCCCUCCAGACCUAUUUGUAUGUCCCAUCAUCUGGUCUCUCAACGACGACAUCCGUACAUCCAGGCAGGCAGCGAACCUCUCACUCCUCGAGGGAAGUUAUUGGUGGGCCAACAUGGCCCAGGAUUUCGCCCCGAUUUGUAAAGGGAUGCUCAGUCUGUGACAUCAUCUUAACACCUCGCAGUCUGCCUGAAGGCAACUUGGUACCAUUGCCGAUUCCACGUCGACCCUGGUCCCACCUAGAAGAUGACUUGCCACCGACUUACCUGCCUCCAACGGCUUCACUACCAUCCUCGUUGCAGUAGAUCAAUUCUCCAAGUCUGCCUACAGCCCUUGAAACACCAGAGGUCCUCUUCAAUAAUGUCUUCCGACACUUUGGCAUUCCAGAGGACAUAGUGUCAAAUAGAGGGCCUCAAUUCAUUUCCAGGAUGGAAUGAGGCUGACCAGCAGGAAUCCUGUUAGAAUAGACUUUUCUAAUACACAACGACCAGCAGUCUCCAGAUGGAUUGUUCUUCUGGGUCAAACUGGUGUUGGGAAGAGUGCAGCUGGAAACACAAUACUGGGACGGGAACGGUUCAGAUCUGAGAGGAGUAUGGAUUCAGUAACCCGUGAAUGUUCAGUCGCUCACGCCACUGUUUCAGGCAGAUCAGUGUCUGUAGUCGAUACUCCUGGAUUCUUCGAUUCACAGAUUGAUCCUGGACAGGUAAAGAAAGCAAUAGCGAGUAGUGUGCAUUAUUCCAGUCCUAGACCACACGCUUUUCUCAUUGUGCUCAGAGUAGAUGACAGAUUCACUGAUCAGGAGCAGCAGUUUCUUCAGAAGAUUGAAAUCAUGUUUGGUCAGGAGAUGUUAAAAAACACCAUCAUUCUCUUCACUCGUGGAGAUCAUUUGGAAGGAGAGUCUGUAGAGGAGCUCAUUGAAGAGAACAGUAAAUUAAGAGCUCUAGUAGAUCAGUGUGGAGGCAGAUAUCAUGUCUUCAACAAUAAAGAUCAGAGUAACAGAGAACAGGUAAUUGAUCUCCUGCAGAAGAUUGACACAAUGAUAGAGCAAAGAAUGGAACAGUGCAGAAAAAGACAGUAGAAAGUUGUGUUAAACAUUUCUAUCACUUCCACUGUCUUUUUCUGAAAAGUGUAACGCAUUCUGAAACUUCCACUGAAUUUUCUUUCCAAAUUGUUUCUGGAAAGCCGAAAAGUGAUAAUGGUACCACUUUAUUAAAAAACAUGUCAUGGAGAGAUGUUAUAAUAUUUUAUAAAUACAUACAGUUAUCAUGGAAUCUAUCUGUCUAGCUAUCUAGAAGUAUAGGGUUAUGAUAACCUGCUCCAGAGCAAGUUUUUACCUGAUGUAUAAUAUGUACAAAACGUUUAUCAUGUAAUGUUCUUCAAUGUGACUUUUGUCUAAAGAAUAAAACAAAAUUGUCUUUGUUUUA